AUGCACAGUGGGCUCUCAAACGGCGUGCCUGGGGCUUCCCAGCGUACUUACCCUCGGAAGAUAUCAUUCUGGCGCCUCAUGACUGAUCACCAAGUCCUCACGAAGGAGAUUGUGGAAUACGACUAUCCUGGGUCUGGCACGAAAGACGACCCCUUUGUUGUAUCGUGGCUAAACGAGGAUCCCCGCAACCCAUUGCAAUUCAGCAUGGCUAAAAAGGUGGCCAUCACACUGGUGACGGCCUUUGCGACCCUGAUCGUAUCCUUGACUUCGUCUGCCUACUCUGGCAGUAUCUCAGACAUCGUUCGUCGGUUUGAAGUAAGCACCGAAGUGGCCACUUUGGGCCUCUCGCUGUUUAUCUUCGGGUUCUCAGUAGGACCACUGGUAUGGGCUCCCUUGAGUGAAAGCAUCGGCAGGCAAAUCCCCUUUUUUAUUUCAUUUUUGUCUAUGGCUGCCUUUUUGGCAGGGUGUGCAGGGGCGCGCAAUAUCCAGACCCUGUUGAUUCUUCGGUUUUUCGCCGGAACAUUUGGCUCUUCACCCUUAACCAAUGCGGGUGGAGUCGUGUCUGAUAUGUUUCCUGCGCGGCAACGCGGAUUGGCACUUUGCUUGUUUGCAUCCACCCCCUACAUGGGCCCUGCACUUGGUCCAAUGAUCGGCGGCUUUCUCUCGAUGAAUGCGGGUUGCGAGACCUAUGCGCCGGUCCUCCUCCGCAAGCGUGCCGCCAAGUUAUCGCGUGAAACAGGGAAAUGUUAUCUGAGCAAGCUGGACGUGGGCAAAUCACCUGUGGCGUGGACAAGCCGUCUGAAGACGGUAUUUUCCCGGCCGUGGGUGCUGUUGUGUCGAGAACCGAUUGUUCUCCUUUUCACUUUCUACGCCUCGGUCAUCUACGGUACCCUUUACAUGCUCUUCGCGGCAUUCCCCAUCGUCUACGAGCAGGGACGAGGUUGGAAUCCGGGUGUGGGGGGCUACCUUUCCUGGGAGAAGUAUAACGGCUUUGCGCCACCGGAGGCGCGCCUGGUGCCUUGUAUGGUUUCUUCUGUCACCAUUCCGAUUGGCUUUUUCUGGUUUGCAUGGACCAAUUCGCCCUCCAUUCACUGGAUGGCCAGUGUGGCCGCCAUGGUUCCAUUCGGUUCUGGCCUGGUACUCAUCUAUUUGGGUAUUGUCAACUACCUGAUUGACUCCUAUACCAUCUACGCCGCAUCGGUGAUUGCCGCCAUGUCAAUCCUACGAUAUAGCUUCGGCGGCAUAUUCCCCUUGUUCACGACGUAUAUGUAUGAGGGACUGGGGAUUCACUGGGCAUCGUCCAUUCCUGCAUUUGUUUCGGUGGCAUGCAUGCCACUGCCAUUCAUAUUUUACAAAUAUGGUGCCGAUAUUCGGAAGCGCUGCAAGUAUGCCGCUAUUUCUGCGAAGCACUUGCAGACGAUACAGGAGACGGCCGAGGAAGAGAUACGACGGAAUGCUGUCGCGACCCAACCCAAUGCUGCGGUGUAG